AUGGGGGGAUUCCCUGCUGUGUACUCACAUGGGGUAUACCGACUCCAAAUCCUGGCGGCUACUUGGAUUGGAAGCUUGGCCGCCGAGCACCAGAGGCAGAUUCCACAUAUCCGUGGAAUUACAAUUGUAGGCAAGCUUCCUGCUUCCACAGGGAACCUUUCCACACCUCUCAGAACAUUUGUCGCCGUUAGUUGUAAAAUCCAAGGGCGAAUUCCAAAUGAUUUUGGGAACUUAAGCAGUUUAUUAGACCUUAUACUUUCUGGAAACAACUUGGUCGGAUCAAUUGCCAUAUCAAUUGGCAACUUGAGUAACCUUCAGCGCUUCGACUUGAGUAACAACAAACUUACAGGGUUUAUUGGAGAUCAUAUAUGUAAAUUUCAGCAUUUGGGUGAUAGUUACUUAGGUCAAAAUCAACUUUCCAACAAUAAUGCAAUGCAGCUGAGCUAG